GGCGGCGAAACCGAUUCGUCAGUGAUCGUUGUCCGUCGGGAUAUCAGUAUAUGUGCGGGACCGGUUGUCGAGUGGUCGUUUUUGCUCGAGAGUCGUGUUUAGUGCGUGUGUUUAGACGAAUUUUUUUCGGGAAUUUAUAUACGGUGUAGUGUAUUUUCGACGUCUGUUCCAUUCAUACGAAUACCACGGGUGCGCGAGGUGUACCGCGAAGUCAUCCGAUACGGAGCAUAAUAAAUAAUAUAUGAUUUAUUGUUGGAACUUACUAUAGUUUCGUUUAGCGGUAUCUCUUGAAAUAAUAUGGGCCCUACGGUAGCGGCGACUAUAUCUGCGUCGACGGAAUCGUCGGAUGGCGAAAACAGCGCCAAAAAGAAGGGCAUACGGCGACUGCUGACGCCCGCGAUAUUUGCGGGCAGUGACCAUAAGAACAAACAGUCGGCGGCGGCGUCGUCUUCAUCGACGGCGAUGGACGUCGGUAACACUGCCGUUCACAAUCAUCAGCACCGCCAACCCAGCAACAACCGACUGACCUCCAACAAAAAGACCAUUAUUGAGACAGCGUUCGUCAACAACAACGGUAACAGUAAUUCGACGGGAAACGUGGCAUAUCGGUUGCAGCAACAGCAACAGCAAGCGCAACUGCAGCGGUUUCGCUAUGCGCAGGGACUGGAUCGGCACGCAAACGAUGUGACCGACUUCCGUUCGCGGAGCGUCAGCCCCGGAUCGUUCGACCGGGAUGUCAAUGCCAAUUACGGAUGUGGCGAACGUCGGAUGGACAGCCCGUGCUCGUUGUUAUCAUCGUCGUCGACGUCGUCGCUGCUGCCCUCACCGUCGGGCAGGCGGUCUGCUCCCAUAAUACCGUAUUCGCAGUAUUACAACAACAGGAACGGUGGCGGAGGUAGCGGCGGCAGUGGUGGUGGUCAGCAGCAGCAAAGGUUGUUGCUCAUGCCCGUCGGUGCGCAGGUCAAGAUUACCGCGCCGCAAUCGUCUACAGCGGUGUACGCGGCUGCCGUUCGCCAACAUCGACUGCAACAGCAAAAUCAACAACAGCAACAACAACAACAACAACAACAACAACAACAACAACAACAACAGGCUAUCUACGGUAACGUGGCGGCCGGCGCCGUGGGCCCAUUCGUCCGUGGGUCUCCGCACCGAGCCACCAUCGGAUGCGUCCGGGAAUCACCGGGCCGGCAGUCGACCAUUUACGAGACGGAAGAGGAUGUCGUUACGGCUGCCGUCGCCGUGGGCGAGAAGAGGUUUCAGCCGAUUUUCAAGAGGGGUGCUCUGCAAGAACCUGCCACCGACUCGUCACCGAUCACCGGACAGACGCCGUCGCCACAUUCGUCCGGCUGCAGUCCAAAGAGGGUGAGUUUCUCACCGGAGCCGUCCGAACCGCCCGCGUACUGGCCCACUAAGAAGGGCCCAUCUCCACAACCACCCACCCGUCAAAGCUCGACCGACUCACCGGUGGCCGCUGAACGGCCACUACCGCUCGUACCCAAACGGAGCCCGUCCACGUCGGCCAUUUACGGCACGCUGCAGCAGCGCGGUGGCUCCCAGCGAUCGCACCAACAACACCAACAGCAGCCGCCGAAUCGAUGGUGGUCACCAUCGUUGCCGUCGCCAUCGCCGCUGCACCAGCACUACCAACAGUCCGGCAGCGAGUCCGGUAGCGAGGCCGGCGAGGUGCAGCGAAUACUGAAUGUCAAAAACGGUCAUCGGCUGAUCAUCGACGAUGAUUGGAGUGGAGACGGAAAAACCAGAGGGGCUGCUGAACAAGCCGGUGAUGAACUCCGUCGAGGCCGAUCAUCGAGAAGAGACGAUCCUCGGCGGCACACUCUAUCCGGUGAUCAACAUCACAAUUAUCAACCAGCCCUAACGAGAUCUAUGGAUUUAGAGAUGGGAACGAAAAUGCAACGGAAAAAAUCUCCAGCUUCCAGGGGAGGAUAUCCACCAGCUACUGGGAUAUUGUUCGACGACGAUCCGGGUAUAAUGUCUGAAGUUGAAACCAGUUCUACCGGGUUCCGAAGAGGUAACAAGCAGAGGAGUUCAUUGCCAGUCGUCAGAACUCCGUCAAAAACUUUAGAGCGACCAUUGGGUGACCCGAUGUUGAAUGACGAAAUGGCUUUCCGUAAUAUGAUGACUCACCCACGACAAAGUUUAGGUCUCGUAUUCUUGCAAUACCGUAGCGAAACGAAAAGAGCCUUGUUACCAAAUGAAAUCACCUCAAUAGACACAGUUAAGGCUCUGUUUGUCCGGUCUUUUCCAAAACAACUCACCAUGGAAUAUAUGGACUCGGCACUUGUCAAGAUCUACAUUCAUGAUUCGUCAAAAGACAUGUUUUAUGAGCUGGAAGAUCUCAGGUCACACCUAAACGACAUCCGAGAUAGGUCGGUGUUGCGACUUUUUGAGUCAGCCGAGGGUGGUCCUCUACCUCAGGGCCUCACAAUAGCCGCGCCUACGUGGGACCAAGAUCAAUCGUACUUUAGCGAACCAGAAUUCGACUCAGAAUUUCAACAUCAACACAUACACAAGACUAAGGGUAGCAAAUGCACCAGUGGCGGUGCCCCCGGACAACCGUACUACAUGACCCAUCAGUUCCCGCCCGGGUCGUCGGCUACGCUACCCAACAGGGGCCGUCCGCCCACCGGGUCCAUACCGGCCAGGGCUUAUUCGCCAGCCGUGCCGCCGGUUGCGGCCAACAAAUCGUCAGGGUACAUGUCAUCGCCGGAGAGAGCUAAUUCUAGAACUGGGUACACAGCUGCCCCAUACAUGUCUCCGGGGGGUUCUUCGUUCGACGAAAAUUCAUAUUAUGGCUAUGGACCCAGAACCGGGUCUAUUACUCCCGUGAUCGACGAAGAGACUAGUGACAACGAGCUCAUGGAAGACCCGUUUAGCAUGUACGCCGCUAAACCGUCGUCAGUUACCAAAAGACCGACGUAUGGCAAUCCGCCGCCAACCGUCCCCUACGACGCCACCAGGAUACGAGUAGAAAACAUGGAGAGACAGAUUGCUAAUCUAACGGGAUUAGUUCAGAAAGCUUUAACGCACGCACCGGUCGUGGCGCCACCGUUCAGAAAUGCUAGUGAUGAGUUCGAUAAGGUCUCUGUCGGAAGCACUACGUCUCUAGCAGAGGAACCAUACAAGCGGUCUGACACUAAACCUCCUAAACUCGGACGAGACAAAUCAGUUUCGUUUGAGAAAUCUGUAUCGUUCAGCGACGAGCCACCGGACAUGAACUCGCCAAAACAACAUUCGCCACAAAGUUCAGCGGACACGAAACCUGCGAAACCAGCAAUUAAAUCGUCUACAUUACCUAGAACAGCAUCUCAAGAAAAAGACAGAUUUAAGCCUCAUCCUCCGCCUAAGCCGUCCACUAUACCAGGACAAUAUGAUGAAAGACACUUGUACAGUGAUCUACAGCUGACGCCAGAAAUGUAUAAUCAACUCAGAGUUUUGCAGAAAAAAGCAAAAGACUUGCGGCAAGAAGCCCGAAACCUAAGAAGAAUGUCUCAAGCACAAGCCCACUCUAUUCGCGAAACCAUCAAAGACACGUUCAUAAAAAUAAGAGCGUUGAUCGCUUCCGGCGCCGACCAAGCAUGGAGCGAAUCCGGAUCGAAGGAAAGGGCACACGUAGACCGGGAAGAGGACAUUUACAGGCAGGAGAUUAUCAGGCUAGAAACGGACUUGACUGAGCUCGAGAGCACGGUGGAAGAACUACGAGGAAACGUCAUUAACAAAAAGUCCAGAGUAAACAUGUCAGACGUGGAAAACAUGGCGCUUGUGCUCAGCAAAUCCAGUAAAACGGUUGCUGAAUUAAAAUUGAGGUUCCCGAGUUUACAAGAGUCAAUUCGUACAGUAUUAACGAAGGAAAUGGACAGAGCUGUUACAGAGGAAAAGUUUCUUAAAGAAGAGCCCGACCGCCUAGAAAGCGCACUCAAACGAUGUAAAAAAUUAACCGGAACGCUUGUAACACUCAAGAGGCUAGCUUCCGUUCAGGAACAACGUCUGCCCGACGCCAGACUGUCGCCAACCAACGAAGACACUCCGCCGAUCACGCCUACAUCGUCUGCCAAGGGGAGUAUCGCUGGACAGGGGAGUGUCGUGGAGCAGACCGGAACAGGAACAGACGACGGCGCCGGUGGUGCUGGAAAGCGCGAGCCAACAGGUGCGGAGAACGCACUCGACACUCUGCUAGACGAACUGCAGACAACUCCGGCGGCUGCGGCGGCGGUUCCAGUGGAAUCAGUGGCGGUGGAGCCUACAGUGGCUGCAGCUGAGGCGGCGGAGCCGAUGACGGUUGCCGGACCCGCGGUCCCGGUCGCCCCGAAACCAGUGUUGCGGCGUCUGAGCAGCACGUCGUCUGAAACAGGAGGCAAACCACCUGUGCCGGAACGGACGCCCGACCUGCAGAACAAGCGAAUGCCCCCGCCGCCGCCGCCGCGGACUAGUUCCAAGUCGCCGGUGGCAUCGCCGACCACGGCUGGCAGUGCGGUGGGGGCCCUCUCGUCGUCACCAAGGGGCUCGAUGUCGUCGUCGUCGGCCGGCGGCAGCCCGCCCAGCCGAAAGGGUUCGCUGACCACCGUGGUGGCGCUCGGCGGCUGCGGCAAACCGCCGAUGCCCGAACCACCGACCGUGACCGCACAGCCACCGUCGGUGGCCGCGCCGACCGCCGUCGCGACGGCGACCAGACAGGAACAGUUGGAGCAGCGGCACCAGGAACUGUUGAAGAAGCAAAAAGCGCUGCAGGAACAGUACACGCGGCUGCAACAGUUGCAACGGUCGCAACCGCCCCCCGACCUGCUCCAGCUCAAGAAGACGGGUAGCGAGGGCAACCUGCUGUUGAAAAUGGGGCUGUCCAUGAGCGCGGCCGCCCCCAUAUCGGGUUCGCUCACCCAGCUGGCCGCCGCUGUCACCACCGGCACCACUGGCGCCACCGCCAACGACGACGCCGAAAAGCAACGGUCGACAGCAAACAACAAAACCACUGCUCCAGCGGCGACGACUACGACGACGACGACCGUCAACAAAGUUUACGAGACGGACAUCAUAUGACCCACGACCGAUGUUUGAAACGUGAAACGGCAAAUCAAAUCUAUCGCACGUGACGCAAAUCUGCAGAGCCCAUCGGUUGUGCGUUAUCUCAUUAUUAUUCUCGUUGUUGUACCAUAAUAUACACGAUGUUUUUGUUGUGAUGACCGCCGCCGCCGCCGCCGCCGCCACAGUCACCACUGUCGCCACUGCUGCCACUGCAUUCGCCGCUGCGCAUUCCGGAUUUCCGCGGUUACCGCCGCUUUUACCAUCAUCGAUGACACUACUAUAGUCCAGUCUCCUCUGUCUUCACGCCGCCGUUUUUACUUUCGUAACACAUCAUAGUUUUAUGUUUACUUUAAUUAUUUUUAUUUUAAGUGUCGGGUGGGGUGUCAAUUUGACGAAAAUUGUUCGUUUUAUACUUAAAAAAGUAACGUCGUGCGGGUGGUCUGAUAAAUUUUAACUUUCGAUAACUAAAACCAACGACUAAGUCUCGAAAACCGUUUUCUCUAGACCGAUUCAAUUACGAAUUUAACAUGUUAAACAAAAAAAUACUAUUCUACGACUCAUGUGUAUACAAGUAUUAUUUAUAUAAUAUAUUAUCACCUUCCA